AGGCAUCUUUUGCAAUCAGAGUGACCUGCCAAGGGGAACUCCAGUAAAAUGAUCAUCAGUUCUGUGGUGCAGAGCCAAAUACGUUUGUUAUUAUUUCCCCAAGGGCUGCUUGUACAAACACCAAGAGUUGUGCUUUUUCUUGGACUUUAUUUAAUUAAAUGGGGUGACCCAGUUGGUGUCCCAAGGUUUUAUUCUGUCAUUCCUGCACCCAGCCAUGCUGAUUACCUUUAAAGUGAAUUUAAAUAAGUUAGUGUUUAAAAUGACUUUUUUUCCUCACAACAAAAAAGUGCACCUAAUUGUAAACUUAGAGAGGAGUUGGAGUUAACGCCACAUGAACUUUGAACACUUUCCUACAAGAAACUGAUAUGCGCAGGGCGUGUCGUCACUGAAAACAGUUUUCUUGAGUGCUCUGGAGAGUCUUGGAUCCCCAUGGUCUUUUGAAAGUGUUUAUUUUUUUAUACUGUAACAGCUCUUUUUACCUUUUGUUUUCAUCAGAUGUUCUGUUUUCUUAUUUUUCUUGCACCUCUGCCUCUGGGACUCCCAGCUCUUUGUGUGUUUUCUCUCUCCUGUUGAAACAGAAUGCAGUGUUCAGUAUGGAGAAAUGGAGGACACUGACUGUACUGCUAACCAUUGCAUUCACCAAAUUCCAGUUUUGUGUACCCCACCCUGAGUUGACUGCUCUCCUCCACUCAGAUGUGCUGCUGACCUCCAACUUCACUCUCAAAGACAGUAAAAAUGGCCUGAAGCAUGUGAGCAUCACCUGGAAACACAAUGGUGUGGAGCUAGCACAGUACAAGGACGGGAAAACGAAAAGCACCGGUAAAGCAGACUUGUUGGAAACUGAGCUGCAGAAAGGAAGCGCCUCACUGCUAGUCAGAGACGUUGCCAUUGGAGAUGAAGGAGACUAUGAAUUUGAAGUGCAUGAUGCCAUAAACAAGUCAAAAGGCUCACUGUGGCUACAAGUGACAGCUGUUCCUAAAGUCUUUGUGAAUUCCCCUCUGGUGUUGAUGGGUCAGACCAACUCACUCGAGUGCCAUGCUGAGGGCUUCUACCCUAGAAACAUCUCUAUUGAAUGGUUAAGAGACUUGGAGCCUCUUACUGUCCAGGAGCCUCUGCACUGGCACAUCACCCCUGAUGGCACUCUGGGUGCAAUGAGCCGCUACAACUACACGCCCUCCAGUGAUGAUAUUGGUUGGGACCUCUCCUGCCAGGUGAAGCAUGUGUCUUUAGAUGGGGGCCACGUGAAGAUCCCUUUCCAAAUCUGCAGACCAACUCUCAGAGUGUCUACAAGAACUUUGUUGAGAGACGAAAAGGUGAACGUCAUUUGUACGUUGGAUGGCUGUCUCUUCAGCCAUGUCACUGUCAGCUGGAAAAAAAACAAGAACGUUUUAAGAAAAGAAGAGUGCGACCUUGUGAAAGAGUGUGCCAGUGAGAUGCCACUCAGACUGACUACUGCAGAAGAGGAGAAGGAAGAGUUCUCUUGUGAAGCUGAAAUCGAAGGACAUGACAGACCACUGACUGAAAACGUCAUGUUUACUAUUCAAGAUAAGGCCAAGACACUUGAUGCAGCUCCGUGGAUACUUACUGGGGUCUUUUCUUUGGUGAUGCUUUAUCUUCUGUUUCAGGCCAUUUACAGAACAUUCAAAGUCUAUGAUCAUUGGAGGUUCGCCAUGUCUGACAUUGAUGUUCCCUCAGUAGUCCAUGCUGGCCAGAGAGUUACUUUGAAGUGCUGCUUUACUGGAAAUGACUGCAAAAUUAAAAAGGUGACCUGGAGGAUCAAAAGGAAAGGAAAAGCAUGGCAGGAAAUUACAGGUGAAAAGCGAUACUGUCUGCAGAACUGUGAGUCCAUCAAAAAUGAUCAAAAUGAAGAUGGAAGCUCACUACUUGAGCAGACUGCUGUCCUGCUGACUGACCGGAUGUUCAGCUCGGUUACAUUUGUUCCUGAGAUGGAGGAUGAGGAGGUGACAGUACAGUGCAAAGUCAUCAUCAUGUCAGCCAACUCGGGACGGAUAAGAACCAGGCAGAAGAAGAGGAAGGUGAGGGUGAAUGAAGGCUUUAACAGUUUGACGUGGCAGCCUGACGAACUGUGACUGCAGGUCCCACAGCACAGGAGAAGUGGACGAUCAUCAAAACACAUGAAGGUGGGCAUGACAGACAUGCGGACAGCUGUGUAUUAUGGGACUGUAAAUAAAAGUUCAUUCAGUGCAGACUAUAAAAUGAGCAGCUUAAUAAAGCCAAAAGUUUGUUUUAAGAUAGAAUUACAAAGUAUGUUUGUGAUCAUUUAUAGAAAAUAUAAAAUACAUGCAUUUUAAAAACUUGUAAUAAAAUUUUAAAAUAUUAA